AUAGAAUUUUACCGCCAGCAGCUUGAUGGUUGAAUGGUUCAUUCGCGGUCGCGCAUUCGAGGCGUGAACACGCGAACAGGCGUCACCGUUGAAGCUGAAUCGUGCCUUUUACACAUUUGCAUCGUUCUUCAUCCCCAUGGAAAGUUUUAGUGUCGAAUUGGAGCAGCCCCAAGGCGUCUUUCUUCCUGGCCAAAAUGUCAAUGGCUUUAUCCAGUUUAAGACUACUGCGGCCGAGAGUUUCAAAGGUCUUACAGUCGAAUGUGUUGGCAAAAGUCAAGUGCAGUGGUCCGAGACUGAAACAUCAGGCCGCGAAACGGAAACUGUCCACUACCAAGCCAGUGAAAACUAUUUUUAUCACAAAAUCCUUCUAUUCGCAGGAAGUGACACAGAGUUCCAGCCAAACGAUUAUCGCUACGCCUUCUCGUUCACACUCCCACAUCAACUGCCCCCGUCCUUUGAAGGAGCUCAUGGAUCCUUACGUUAUUACAUUAAAGCGGUUUUGGGCCGGCGCUGGAUGCUUGACGCCGUGUUUAAGCGCGGAUUCUCCGUCAACACCAUAGUCGACCUGAACCAAAACUUCCAGGCUUCGAUUCCAGUGAAGAAUGAGGAGACCAAGACUGUUUGUUGUCUGUGCUGUCAGUCGGGACCCAUCACGGCGAUCGCUUGGCUCCCGAAAUCUGGAUAUGUUCCAGGGGAAACAAUUCUCUUUUGCGGACGAGUUGACAACAAAAGUCGAUCGAGGUUGCUCCAAACAUCAGUCCGGCUGGUUGAGAGGACAAUAUUUAAAGCUCAAGGUAAACAGAAGGAAGAUGAACGAGUCAUUCGAGAAAUCACGCGAAGCCAGCAAUCGGCCGACAGAGAGAAUCUAGAACUUUGGAAUGAUAUUCCGAUUAUUGUGCCACCUUUAGCGCCAUCCGAUCUGCAUCAUUGUUCAAUUAUUGACCUUCGAUAUUUUCUCGAGUUUGUCAUCGAUCCGGGAACCCUGUCGUUCAAUUUCAAGGUCCCCAUUGAAAUUACAAUUGGUACAAUUCCGUUUAAAGAAAGUUUCCCCACAUUCCAGCCGCAAGCUAGUGCCCCAUCAAUAACGGACAGAAACAGUGCGAAUAGCAUGGCAAACACAAUUGGUUUCUUGCCUCCGUUCAUGCUGAAUGAGUAUCCAAAUCUCCCUCCUUCCACAUACGAAUCUGGGAUGUUUGGUGGCAACUUGAGAGAAGAAGGAGACACAGAGCAUCUCAACAUUGGUUUUGACACAUUAUUUAAACCUAUCUAUAUUAGCUAUCCCAGUGUCGACAAUCAAAACUCAUCGGCUUAAAUAUGAUCUUACAAAUGUUCUUAUUCAACUGAUAAUAUAUUACUGCAAAGUACA